GUUAUUACUACUUCAAACUGAGGGGCAUGGCAGCACCCCUAGAUCCAGCACCACUGGAGGUAGGUUUACCCUCAUAACAAAUGUUAGCUAGAUGCUUAGAGGCCAUCGUGGGCGGGGGGUGUAUCUGUCCCAAGAGAGACACAGUUGAGAUAAGGAACUGUGAUAAAAAGCCCCAGUAAAAACUGUGUCACUCAGCAAACUUCCCCUGAGAAAAAUCACCAGAGGACCAAGUAGAUGCGGUAUUCUUGUCUUGUUGCAGAAGGCAGUGGCCACCAUGAAGCUGCUCAUCUCCCACCUUCUGGGCUUUUGCUGGCUCGUCUGCUUCAAGGGGACUCAAUGUUUCACCAGCGAUGCUGACAUGUGUCAGUAUUCGACUACUUGUCCCUCUUUUGCAACCUGUGAAAACAUCACCACGGGCUACCACUGCACCUGCAAACCUGGGUUUAUAUCUAGUUCUUUGGAGGAACACUUCACUGAUCCAACAGUGAAGUGCGUUGUUGACAGGUGUCAGAAUUCGUCUACUUGUCCUGUUUUUGCAACCUGUGAAAACGUUCUUUCGGGCUACCACUGCACCUGCAAACAUGGGUUUGCAUCCAGUUCUGGGGAGCAAAACUUCACUGAUCCAACAGUGAAAUGUGUCGAUGUUGAUGAAUGUUCUCAGGACCCACCAGUCUGUGGCCCUCACAACAAAUGCAACAACACCCGAGGGAGUUUCACCUGCCAAUGUUCUCCAGGUUAUUCUUCCGCCAGUGGGACCUCUUGGAAACCUGGUGACUCCCACACCUUGAACUGCACAGAAAAUCUUCUCAGCUGCCAGCCCAGGAUUAUGCACGGAGAUGAUUUCAAAAGCCUGUGCGGCAACAGCACCCAGCACGGAAACCAGCAAAGCAACACAUUGUGCACCUUCUUGAAUCAGACCUCAAAUAGCCUGGAAUCUGCAUGUGGCAAUGGAAACCAGUCAGUACCGCUGAAGGAAGUCUCUACCUCUAUCGAUUUGCUUUUCAAUGCCACUGCCCAGCAGAUUAAUGGGAGCAAGAAGGACGUUGCAUUGGUAGCCAAAAUGUUUCUGCAGAGCGUAGAAUCAGCCGCUUUGGUAGCUGCUCUGAAAAGCCCCGGGAACGAGACGCAGACUAUCACGGGAGACACGAUGACCAUCGCAGCCCUGCGGGUUAUGGAUAACUGCAGUCGGGAAGGGAAGAUGAUCGAACUGAACGCUGAAAACGAGUUGAUGAGCAUUGACUGCACAACAGUGGUUGGCGCCAGCAAAGCAGGCUCCGGAGUCGUUGCCUUCAUCUCGUAUGCCACUCUCGAGUCCAUCCUGAACAAUAACUUUAUCGACCAGCAAAACCUGACAGGGGAGGACAACUUGGUUAGCAUUACGCUGAAUUCCAAGGUAGUGAGUGGGACCAUUGGGAAACCUGGACCCCUCCCCAAACCUUUCUACUUCACCCUGGAGCAUAAACAGAGAAAGGAAAUGGAAGACAAGAUUAUCUGUGUUUUCUGGAAGCUCACUGGCACCUGGUCUACUGAGGGCUGCAAACUUCUCUGUGCGAACAGCACUCACACCACCUGCACCUGUACUCACCUGUCCAGCUUUGCCAUCCUGAUGGCGUCACAUGCUAUCAAGGAGAGUUACCCACUGACCAUCAUCACCUACGUGGGACUGACCCUCUCCCUGCUGUGCCUCUUCCUCGCCAUCCUCACCUUCCUCCUGUGCCGCUCCAUCCGCAACGUCAGCACCUCCCUCCACCUGCAGCUCUGCCUCUGCCUCUUCCUGGCCGACCUGCUCUUCCUCACCGCGGUGGACAGCGUCACCAAUAAGGUGGCGUGUGCUGUCAUUGCUGGCUUCCUACACUACCUCUUCCUGGCCUGUUUCACCUGGAUGUUCCUGGAGGGGCUGCACCUCUUCCUCACUGUCAGGAACCUGAAGGUCGUGAAUUACACCAGCGCCGGCCAGUUCAAGAAGAGAUUCAUGUACCCGUUCGGCUACGGAUUCCCAGCCCUGGUGGUGGCUAUUUCUGCAGCGGUGAAUCACAAAGGCUACGGAACUGCCGAACACUGCUGGCUCACAAUAGAGGGAGGCUUUGUCUGGAGUUUCCUUGGACCAGUCUGCCUUAUUAUUGUGAUGAAUUUAGUAUUUUUUAUCACAACCCUCUGGCUCCUGAGAGACAAAAUCUCCUCCCUGAAUACAGAUGUCUCCACCCUCAAAAACACAAGGUUACUGACAUUUAAAGCAAUUGCCCAGCUCUUCAUCCUGGGCUGCACUUGGAGUCUUGGUCUGUUGCAAACAAAAUCGGCAGCCACGGUCAUGGCAUAUUUAUUCACCAUCAUCAACAGCCUGCAGGGAGCCUUCAUCUUCCUGGUGCACUGUCUCCUCAAUCAGCAGGUGAGAGAGGAGUACAAGAGAUGGAUCAGAAGGAUUGAAAAAACCAGAACCAAGUCUCAGACUUCUGGGGUAUCUAUGUCAGCUGUCCCCACGACCACCGGAACUGAAUGGGAAAAGUCCUCCUGAAAAAGUGGAGACUACUACUGCAUGUGGGGGAAAAUGAAGCCCAGCUCCAUUCCCAGCACCAGAAGUCCCCUUUUUUACAAAGAAGAGGAAGCUGCUUAUCUCCAAUAUCCUCGGAUAGCUGCUACUCUAUGGCUUAUCCUUGUAUGGGGGAGGGGAAGGCUGUGUUUCACGUGUUUAACUAUUUUAGCACUUUGACUUCACCCAAGUGGUUGCAGUCUCCACACUAAAGUCUUGAAUGAGGGCCUGAUUCUGCUCCAGUUGAAGUCAACUGGAGUUUUCCCAUUGACUUCAGUGGGAGUGGGAUUGGGAGCAGAGCGCCAAAGAAUUGGCAAAUCUAUCCAGUUAAUAAAAAGUGGAAAAAGAUUUCAUUUUGCUGUCUUUCCCACAAACCCAAAGGCUUGGCAUUUCCCAGCCUGGGAGAACUUGGGCCAACUUCUCAUCUCAGUUUCGACUGAUACAAAUCCAGAAUUAGUCAGUGGUGUUACUCCGGAUUCACACCACGAUAGCUGCAAACAGAAUCUUGUCUCUUGUGCUUCUUUCUUUCUAUUGUGCUUGAUUUGCAAUCGAAAACUGUGAGGUUGGCGU